CACCUUUUCCUCUAUAUGUGCGCGUGUAUAUUUUUUCUUUUCUUUUUUUAUAUUUUUAAUUUUUUUAAAAAAAUGAGUUAAAUCUUCCUGCUACCACCGCUUGUGCAUCCUAAAAUUCCUCCAGAUUGAGGGAGAGCUGGGACGCGGGCAUUCCUGCACCCACUGGCUGUACUUGGAGGGAUCUGGAGGGUUUAGAUUAUUUUUCCCCCUUGUCAAUCUCAUUUGGCUAACAAUCGCCUGGACUUACUACUUUUUUCCCCCCUCUCAUUUCCACCUAUAUUUUUUUUUAAAUUUAAUCAGAGCAAAUAAUUGGUUCCGAAGCACACUCGAAUCCGUGCAAAUAACCAGGUUAUCAUUUACUAUAUAUAGCCCAGCGUGCUUGCUUCCAGAGGUGCCUGAGCUUUCGUUGGACAAGUUUCCUGCUCACUCGCACAGAAUUAUUUGUUUAGAAAAAAGAAAUUCAGCUGAAUAAUGCCAAUCCGGUUGGAUUAUUUAAACUUGUGGUGAAGAGGGAGUUUUGCUUUCCCCUUUUUCUGCUCCCAGGACGGGUGGGCUUCCCUGACGUUUCCAGCGGCUCCGCGCCUGCUCGUGUGUGAUAUAAAACCCCUCACACCCUCAUGUCUAAGUCUGCCUCGUGAAUAUCUAUAUUUGUAUAUAUAAACAUACAUCAUAUAGAGGUCGCACACCCCCAGCCACGGUUAUUUUGCAUUUCACCGAAUGGAUUUCUUUAUGGGAAAAAAAAAAGAAAAAAGAAAAAAAAAAAAAAGCAAAAAAAAAAAAGCGCAGGAAUCUCCCUGAUAGAGCUUUAAAAGGAGGAGAAUAAUACAAAUUAACCUUCCAUUACUGCUGCAGUCAACCAUGACAGAAUAGGCCAGUUGCGUGGUUGGUGACGUCUCCGUGUCCUAUAGGAGCAAAGCUCGUGAGAUAGCAGCUAUCGCCUUGAACUCUCUUUAUUUUAUCGGAGUAUGGCUGACGGAAAUAAAUUCGAUAAACUUAUUUUCAUCGUUUUCAACUUGUCUUCAAGGUGUUUGAGAGCUAGUUUGGCACUGGAGAGCGGGGGAUUCGGCGAAGGAAGCUCGUAACAUGGCGGAUAGCGAGGAAGGCUUCGGGCUACCCAGCACGCCGGCGGAUUCGGAGGCCAAGGAGCUGCAGGCCGAAGGCAAGCAGGACACGCAGCUGGGGGCCACCAGCAAGUCGCCCACCUCACCCCAAGCAGCCUUCACGCAGCAGGGCAUGGAGGGCAUCAAGGUGUUUUUGCACGAACGCGAGCUGUGGCUGAAGUUCCACGAAGUGGGCACGGAGAUGAUCAUAACAAAGGCCGGGAGGCGAAUGUUCCCCAGUUACAAAGUGAAGGUCACUGGACUCAAUCCAAAGACGAAGUACAUCCUGUUGAUGGAUAUCGUACCGGCGGAUGACCACAGAUACAAAUUCGCGGAUAAUAAAUGGUCGGUGACAGGCAAGGCAGAGCCGGCCAUGCCCGGCAGGCUGUACGUGCACCCCGAUUCCCCCGCUACCGGAGCGCACUGGAUGAGGCAGCUGGUUUCCUUCCAGAAGCUCAAACUCACUAACAACCACCUGGAUCCCUUCGGACAUAUCAUCCUGAAUUCCAUGCACAAAUACCAGCCCCGGCUUCAUAUCGUGAAAGCGGACGAGAACAAUGGCUUCGGCUCCAAGAACACCGCCUUCUGCACCCACGUCUUCCCGGAGACCGCCUUCAUCGCCGUCACCUCCUACCAAAACCACAAGAUCACCCAGCUGAAGAUUGAGAACAACCCCUUUGCCAAAGGCUUCCGUGGCAGCGAUGACAUGGAGCUCCACAGGAUGUCCAGGAUGCAGAGUAAGGAGUACCCGGUUGUUCCCAGGAGCACAGUGAGACAAAAAGUGUCCUCGAAUCACAGCCCCUUCAGCGGCGAGACCAGGGUCCUUUCUGCCUCCUCCAACCUGGGCUCCCAGUACCAGUGUGAGAACGGGGUGUCCAGCACCUCCCAGGACCUGCUGCCUCCUGCCAACCCCUACCCCAUCUCCCAGGAGCACGGCCAGAUCUACCACUGCACCAAGAGAAAAGAUGAGGAAUGUUCCACCACCGAGCAUCCCUACAAGAAGCCCUACAUGGAAACCUCUCCAGCAGACGAGGACCCUUUCUACAGGUCCAGUUACCCGCAGCAGCAGGGACUGAACACGUCAUACAGGACUGAGUCGGCGCAGCGCCAGGCCUGCAUGUACGCCAGCUCGGCGCCGCCCACGGAGCCCGUGCCCAGCCUGGAGGACAUCAGCUGUAACACGUGGCCCAGUGUGCCCUCGUACAGCAGUUGCACAGUGUCUGCCAUGCAGCCCAUGGACAGGUUACCCUACCAGCAUUUCUCUGCCCACUUCACCUCGGGGCCACUCAUGCCCCGCCUGGGCAGCGUGGCCAACCACACAUCACCCCAAAUCGCAGACACCCACAGUAUGUUCCAGCACCAAAGCUCUCACCAGCCCAUCGUGAGGCAGUGUGGACCUCAAACGGGCAUCCAGUCCCCUCCCAGCAGCCUCCAGCCAGCGGAAUUCCUGUAUUCCCACGGCGUGCCUCGAACCCUGUCGCCCCACCAAUACCACUCGGUGCACGGCAUGGGGAUGGUGCCAGAGUGGAGUGAGAACAGCUAACCGGGGGGCAGGGAAUGCCAGAGCCACAGGGAAAUCCCAGCAAACGGGAGAAGGAAAAGGAAAAUAAUCCCCCUGUUGAUAACAAAGUGUUUUGCAAGACUCCUUGAAGUGAAUGUUCACCGCUAGCACUCAAGAGGGACGGACACUGACUGAACCCACGGCUGGAAGUCAUCGGCCUCGGUGUGACUUGCCCUGACCCCCCUUUGUUUUCUUUUCUUUCAAAAGAAAAGCCAGCAGCCCAGCACACUUCUGUCCCUCCAUGGUCCCUCCCAGUUUGUGUUGCUGCCACCACCCUUGUCCCUCCCCUGCCCUUCUGCUCUUUUUGUUCGCCAAGGGACACCAAACUCCUGCUGCCUUUCUCACCACGGUCAGAAUGCUUGAACAAGAACAAUUAGGAUGUUACUUUUUUUUUUUUUGUGGUGUUGAUGUUGACAAUGUUAUAUAAUAAAUAAUAAUAUAUAUUUUUUUCUUUCCAUUUUCUCAGAAAAAAAAAAAAAGACACCGGCCCUUUUUACCAAGGAUGAAUUUUGGAGUGGUGUUUCUUUUUUUUUUUUUUUUUUAGGUAGUGUUAGCUUUACUUUUCAACAGAAAGAGGUACUGAGAACCCCCAAAUAAAUAAAUUCAGUACCUACCUUACCCAGGCAUUGUCCCAAGAGUGAAAUUACUCCCAUAGGGAGCUGUGUUUCCUCACAAAUUCCCCAAAAUUCUCUCCAGGAACCACUCCAUAAACCAUUCCCUCAUCUCUUUUCCCACUUGUCAUUCUCUAACUCCUCUUCCCUUCCCAUCUCCUGGUCUUUCCUGGUCCCUCAGCCAUCUCUGACAGAAGCAUGGGGUUAUUUCCAAGCUUGCAAACAUCCCCAGCUUGAGUCCUGCUGGAUUUUUAGCAGCGUGUGGAAAGCCAGGCUCUGAGCCAGCUGCCACAGGGGGAGAGGGUGGAGAGGAUGCAGACGCUGAGAGGAAAAAGUUUGCUCACCAAAAUGAUGAUGAUGCUUGUUUGUAAUCCCAGGCUUUCAUUUACUCCUGUGUUCCUUUGCUUCCUCUCCAAAAGAAAAAAAGAAAAAAAAAAGAAAAAGGGAUUUCAGUCUGGGUGUGUGAAGUGAGAUAUUAAAUAAAUGUGUUUAAAAGGGGCAGAAAGUGAUCAUGAGAGGCUGGGAGUGGUGGAGGCAAAAAGAGAAGGAAAAGCAAAAUUGUGCAAGGAAAAAUGUCUAUUGCAGAAUAUUUCAGGUGUAAAAUUUCCUGGUCCUAUUUAUUUAUAUGUAGGAGUUCCAAUAACUCCAAGGAUGUCACAAAAGCAGCUGAUUUCAAGAGGUUCAAAUUUUUAUUGAAAUGGAAGUUUGCUCUCUUCUUUUUUUUUCCCUCUCCAAGCUGUGCACACUCUAUAUAAUUUACAUAUAUUUUUAAUUAAAAGUAAUUCUAAUUAACUAAAAAGCUAUACCUGCGUGUCAGCCUCUGGGAAUGUGGGGGAAUUCUGAUCUGGGAGGGAACACAGACUAAUGCCCAAAGCCAUGGAGCUAAGGAGAAAAACAUAAUCCCAACCUAGCUGUGCUCUCCCAUUUUUGUGUGCCAAUUUAUGGCUAAUAAAUACCACACACUC